AUGUCCCUCCUUCAACAUUUACUUUUAUUAUUCAUUUCUCUGUGUAUAUUAUGGACAGCCUUUGCUAAUACGUGUCGUAAAUACCUCUAUUCCGUAUUGGAUAGUACCGUAUAUGAGAAGGGAAAGAGCUUUACGGAACAUCUCAUUAACCGAACUGAUGGUUUUGAAUGUAAAGUAUUUACCUGUAAAACGAAGGACGGCUGUCGAUUACAGCUACUAAGAAUUAUGUAUAAGGGAGAAGUCCAAGUGGAAGAGGAAGAGGAGGCUCAUACUGAAGUAGUAUCCGAUCCACAACAACAACAACAAGACAAAUCUGUUUCGGGUUCUCAUCCUCCAGCAGCAGCAGCAGCAACAUCAACAUCACAUACUCUUCAUCCCUCAACCAUCAAUUAUUGCAAAUCGGCUCAACAACUUGAAGAAUUACUCCACGAUCGUGAAUUGCAUAAACAAAAACCAGUCGUAUUUUUGCAACAUGGUUUAUUGGAGAGUAUGACUGUUUGGUGCCUUCAUAAAGACUCUUUGGCAUUUCAAUUGGCACGCAGAGGAUUUGAUGUUUGGCUUGGAAAUAAUCGAACUUCAUGGUUUGGUCAACAACAUUUGGUUUCUCGAUUGCAUGACGAAGUUGAUUUUUGGAAAUUUUCAAUUGACGAAAUUAUUUAUUAUGACAUGCCAGCCAUGAUUGAUUUUGUGAGGCACGCAACUGGACAGGACAAGAUUUGUUGGAUGGGCAUGUCACAAGGCGCAGGUCAAUUGUUUGCAGCUCUCAGUUUGCCUGAGCUUGAACAUUAUAAGAAUUACCUGUUUGCCAUUGUUGGAAUUUCACCUGCAUGUUUCUUGAAGAAGAAUCCAAAUGGUCUCAUUCUGAGAGGUCUCAUGAAAAUUCCAAGGUUUUUCUUUGGAGACCGUGAAUUUGUUGUGGGUGUGGCCUUUUCACAACUCUUACUCCCUAAAAACUUUAUUGGAUAUAUGGGAGAACGUGCAUUGAGAUGGUUAAAUAUUCAACAAAAACCUCUCCCAAAUGAUCCAAUGAAGGGCGAAUGGUUCAAGAAUAUACCUCUCGGUUGUACAUCUGUGAAUAAUGUCACUCAUUGGUUUAACAUGUUGAGAACUGGUGGAUGUUUAAGGAAAUUUAAUGAUCAAGAAGUCUACCCCAUUGAUUCCAUGCUUGCAAAAUGGAAAGAGAUGUAUCAUUCUGGAGAGCAUGAUAUGGGAGCCACUAUUAGCAGUCAUGACACAAAUUCCUCAUCCUCCUCCUCGACGUCCAACUAUGUACCACCUAUUAUGGUAUGCCUUGGUGCCAAAGAUAAUGUUGUUGAUUUUGAAGAGAGCUUGAAACAAUUUGGAUGUGACACUUGCUCUUCACUAAAUGAGAUGACAAGUAAGAAUUGCAGUAUGGAAGGCAAGAACAAUGACCACAACACUUCCUGUCAUCAUGGUGCUUUCAAACAAUGUCGAAUUUUAGUGGAACCAGAGUAUGGACAUACUGAUUUUUUGUGGUCAGAAGUGGAUGACAAGUUGCUUCAAAACUACAAUCAAAUCAUUGGUUUUGUGCAUGAACAGUCUAAGCUUGCUCGUAAAAUGAGCAAUGCUAGUUUGGCUUGUAGUAGUUUCAAUAAAUGA